AUGUUUACCGGGAAACUUUUCUUUAAAAAGAAGAAUGGAAAGAAACCUCAAGACUUUUGUUUUGCUUUUCCUUCUUAUUACUGUGCCAAUACUUUGUGACAUCUUACUGGAAAAGAGAAAAUUUGAUAGGCUGAUAUCAACUACGUGUAACACAUCAGAAUGUCCUCCUCAGAGUAAAUAUGAUUUGUGGCACUUUCGUUGUGAUUACAAUUGUUCUAAUGGGGAGAGGUUCGUUUGUUUGGAGAAUGAAGAUGGUGAACCAAUUACAGAAUUUUGUGCACCUGCUUCAUUAGAGUGUGAACCUGGCACGAAAGGGGUGUUUACAAUUGACAAUAAUGAUCAUACAAAGGUAGUGAUGACAGUGACACCAUGUCCACAAGAUAGAUACCAGCAACAUUCCUCAAACUGUAUAAAUGCGUGUAAAGGUAAUCGGGGUGACUUCACGGGCCUGCCAGAUAGAUUUGUCAUAUACUCUUACGGAAGUUCGGUUGAACCCCCUGAAGUUUAUUGCAACUAUACAGCAGGCUACUACAGUCGAGAUGACAAAUUCUUGUUUUCUUACAAUGAUACUUUCAUGUAUGAUUAUGGACAAUAUUGUAGACAUGUCAAUGAUAGUGAUCCUUGCAGUAAGGGAAGGAUGCCUCUGCCAAAUGGCACCUGCGUUGAGCCCUGUAUUGUUGGACAUGUAAGGGAUGACCAUGAUAGUUUUAUUUGUAAACCACAAUCAAUUAACCCAGUGAGUGUGGAUGUAAAAUACCUCACAACAAAGCCUACCACUGUGUUUCAGAGCACUACAGAAACGAACAAAAUUCGGUCAUGGACAUCAACAAACAUAUCUCUGAUUAUUGCUGUGAUAAUUUCUGUUUUGGUUAUUAUUGGAGUCUUGAUUAUUAUUUUGUGCUGCUGCUGGUGGCAAAGGAGAAAUAGAAAUGGAAAUAGGGAAAGGAUAGAGGAUGAGGAGCAGCCACUUCAAGAUAUAGAUGCUGGUAUACAAGAUGGAAAUAGGGAAAGGAUAGAGGAUGAGGAGCAGCCACUUCAAGAUAUAGAUGCUGGUAUACAAGAUGGAAACAGAGAAGUGAUAGAGGUUGAGGAGCAGCCACUUCAAGAUAUAGAUGCUGGUAUACAAGAUGGAAACAGAGAAGUGAUAGAGGUUGAGGAGCAGCCACUUCAAGAUAUAGAUGCUGGUAUACAAGAUGGAAACAGAGAAGUGAUAGAGGUUGAGGAGCAGCCACUUCAAGAUAUAGAUGCUGGUAUACAAGAUGGAAAUAGGGAAAGGAUAGAGGAUGAGGAGCAGCCACUUCAAGAUAUAGAUGCUGGUAUACAAGAUAAAAAUAGACAUAUCAAAGUUGAAGAGGAACAGGUGCCACUUCAAGAUACAGAAGUUAACUCCGAUAUAAAUCAAAAUAUCAAAGGUGUAGGGGAACAGGUGCCACUUCAAGAUACAGAGGCUGGUGCAGGAGUUUACUCAGAGAAAAGACCUUUGAAACGAAGAAAUGGAAAGACAGGUGAACUAAAAAAAACAUAUAAUGACACACUUACUCCAACAAUUUUGAAUGCAUUGAACUCUCAGGCAGAGAGUGUUGGAUGCCUCAUUUGUGAAGAGGGUAUUGCUGGGACAGUAUUCAAAAGUUGGAACAAAUCAUGCUAUGACAGCCUGUCAUAUAGAAAUGGUCCAAAUGAGAAUGGCAACUUCGAUUGGUCACAACUGACAUCUGAUAGUGUGUAUGUGAAUUUUAAUGAAUUAAUAACUGACAAGCCAAGGAAAGUAUCCAAAGUAACUUGUGUGUACUUUAACGAGCAUUUAGAUGUGGCUGUCCUUAAAUUUGAGGAUGUCCUUAGCAUACCUCGAAAAAUGGUGCUUGACAAAUCUAUUUACCGAAACCCGCAGAAAGUUACUGUUAUAGGUUUUGGUAAUCCAGAUAAUAAUUUAAAGAAACAUGUUGACCCAUCUUGCGAAGUUAUAACACCAGACAGUAUGAAAAUUAGAUCUGCACAUGCAUGGCUUCAAGGUGAAGGAAGAUUGUAUAGAAAUAAUGAAAAUGCUGAAAAUUUUGACUAUGGAUAUCAAGGUUAUGGUGAUCAACACAAGAUUAUAUUUUCCUGUUACCUUGAGCAUGGGGCUUCUGGGGCACCAAUUAUCACUCAGGACCGUGCUCAAAAUGUACAAGUGGUUGGCAUACUAACAAAUGGUAUGCCAGAUUUCUAUUAUAAGUUGUCAAAAGGUGACCAGGAAAGUUUUCCUUGUGAAUACAGGUUUGAAUAUGGAACAUGGAUGAGGUAUAUUUAUGAAGAUAUGCUAGAAACAGAUAGGAAUUUGGCAGAGGAUAUUUUUGGUGCCAGUGGAGAAGCAUAA